GAAGUACAGCAACGGGGUUACGUGAUGACGUUUCAACCGGUUACGUUUCAACCAAUCAGAGGAGACGUCGCUCUUGAAGCCUAAAAUUCAAAAGUGAUAGCUGUUGACGUUAGCUGACUGUUUUGCUAGCUUGGUUUUUAACACUGUGACAGAACUUCUGAACUAAUUAGCGCCUUUUUUGUGCUUUUUUCAAAAACAUGGAGCUUAUGAACGAAGAUUUAAAAAUGUACUUUUACGAGAACAGAUUAGCUUCUUAUUCAGGGUGGCCGUUUGAUGAGGACUGCGCCUGCACGUCGGAUAAUAUGGCCAAAGCUGGUUUCAUCCACAAACCCACUGAAAACAGUCCGGAUGUGGCCCAGUGCUUCUUCUGCUUUAAAGAGCUGGAGGGUUGGGAGCCUGAGGAUGAUCCUCUCAAGGAACACAAGUCUCACUCUCCAACUUGCAAUUUCAUUCUGCUGAAAAAGCCAGUGGAGGAGCUCACAGUGGAGGAGAUUCUGAAGCUGCAGAAAGAGAGGCAAAAGUUCCACAUUAAAAUGGCCUGCAGACAAGUAAUUGAGAAGUUUGAGGAAGCAGCAAAAUCGAGAAGAGGUGACAUUAUCAAACUAGCCAUGGAAGGCUGAAUGGAGAUUUCUGUCUUUUCCUCCUAUGAUUGCUCUUUUGUUAUCGGUCAUGGACAUGGUCCCAAGCUGCACUACCAUGCUUGUGUUUACUAAAAAAAGAAUUUAUUAAGAGAUUGACAUUAUUCUUCACAACCUCUUUAAUGGAGUUUUAUAUCAACUCCCCAUGAUUACAGAGGUGGAUUCAUACAGCCUGGCUAAGUUCCUUCUCUGUAUUCAUGAUGUUGCAUGUAUAAAACAGCUAGAUACUGUAAUUGGAACUGAACAGUCCCUUAAGUUUAAGUUUUUGUCCAUGUUUUCCUAGUCUGUAAUGACAUGAAAGCUAUUAUGACUUGUCAUAUCUUAUUUUAUUAUUAUUAUUAUUAUUAUUAUUAUUUUAUUUUUAUUUUUAUUUUUUUUUACAAAAGUGUCCUUCAAAAGUUUCACAUUUGUCAUAUAGUAGCACUUCAGUACAUUUGAACAAUUUUUUUUUUUUUUUUCUGUGAUUGCGUUAUUGUUGGGUUGCAGUAUUGUUUGUGAUUUUUAUGUUUUUGUGAUUUGCAGCAAUAAAUAUUACAAAAUGUUU